CAAAUUUUUUGCUAGUGGAUCCUGCGCCAGGAGCUCGGCAUUGCGGCCCGGUUUUACCAUCCGCUUUUUCUUGGAAACCGUGUCAGCGAGCAGCUGAGGCAGGCUUAACAUUUCAAACGUCUGGCGGUAGGCUGCAAAGUUUCCACCCUGAAAACGCUGUCGUGUGGCAGCAGCCGCAGUAAAGCUGGUGCAGGACACAUCCACACGUGUAGGUUGGUGGUGGGAAUUUGCAUUCUGUGCUGUAUGCCCAGCCUCUCUAACUGGGAUUACACUCCUGUUGCGUCGAUUUAUUCUAUUGCUGAUGGAAACUGAUUUAUUAUAGUUGCUUUUAAUCAACUGGAGCCAGCUGCCUUACAUGAUAAAGAUGUCCACUCAGCUGGAAGAAGGAGGCCUGCAGCUGGAGACCACAGCAAAACGCGAUGUACUAAAAUCUGAAGUUUUUGACUUGACAAGUCCUGACGGAUGCGCCAGCCAGCGCGGCUGCCCCGGGGACGGAGGAGAGAACCAAGCGGUUCUGUCUGCAGAGGGCCACCAGCAGAAAGCACGAAAGAUGACCCGGAGCCCCAAAUGUGCUCGCUGUCGGAACCACGGCGUUGUUUCGUGUUUGAAAGGCCACAAACGAUUCUGCCGCUGGAGGGAUUGUCGCUGCGCCUGCUGCUUGCUGGUGGUGGAGCGGCAGCGCGUCAUGGCAGCGCAGGUCGCGCUCAGGAGGCAGCAGGCUGCGGAGGUGAGGAGAGCACAAGGCCAGGUUAAAAGGGGGGUCAAGUGUGCAGCUCCGCUGAGGAGAACGAUGUAUCAAUGUUAUACCAGAGCAGCCGAGUCAAGCAUCGCUAGGAACAUCCUGCAGGGGUUAAAACCUACAAUGCCUGGAGAGGAUGACACGUCCUGCUGGUCAAAGCAGCUCCAGCGUGACCAAACACACGUUCCAUGUCCCUCCAUUAGCGCCCGCAUGAGGAAGAGACGAGCCUUCGCGGACAAGGAGUUGGAAAAUGUGAUGCUGGAGCGUGAGCUCAGGCAGAGAGAGCUGCAGACUGACAUUACUUUUUCACCCUCUGCCCUCAUCCCUCUGCUUCACCCGCCAACCCUGCCCAUCUCUCCGAGCCUCCACUGCUGCCCUCUCAACAAAGACCCUUCCUCUGCAGGAACAUCCAGCUGUGUGCCUGUAUAUAAAUAUAAGCCCCUUUAUGAGUGUGGCCUCCAGUUUUAUGAGUUCUUUCACCUAAAGAACAGACCCUCCACAGGAGGUGACUAUAAUGAGUUUUUGUUAUGCCAAAGCUCAGAGCAACAUAGGGAGGAUAAGGACGUGCAGAGUGGUUGUAAAGCUUGUGGGAAGAAAAACCAGUCAGAGCUAAUACCUCUACCAUCGCAACAAAGACUCAAAAAUGACAGCAAUACCAUGUCAGGUGUCGGCCUUGUCAAACCCCCUUCAAAACCAACAGAAGUAAUAGACUCAGAUUGCUGUUCAACUACCACACUCGCUAUUUCUGGAUCAGAUCAGGGUUUCUUGAGUGAGCCAGACAUCAGUUCACCCAGCAGGACUUUUGAUCCCAGACCUCUGACAGCUAAGGGCUGGAACGCAGACACUCCUUCCACCCAGGCAGGUCCUCGUGCCGACUCUGUUAAGAGCCCUCAUAGUAGCUCAGUGAAAACUCCUGCUGUGACACCGUUGCCUUUCUCUGUGGAGGCUCUGCUGAGGGCCUGACAGGCAAACGGGAAGCAAAUUUCAGUGCACUUUGGUAUACAGACUUAAAUCCAGAGCAAAUAUAAAAAUUGUAAAUCUGUGUACAGGAUUUGGAACCCUUUUAAGUUGCAACAGUGUAAGAAAUUACAUUUUUAAAAAGUUUAUAUUUGUAAACAUUGCAUUGGUAUAUAACACACACACACACACACACACACACACGCACACGCACACACACACACACACACAUAUAUAUAAAUAUAUCAGCCGUACAUUUUCAUGUAUUAUCCAGCUUUUGGCCAUAGCUUGAACAGUGAACUUUUUUUUUAUCCUUAUCUGUCAACAGUUCCAUAAAAAUGUACCAAACCCUGUUUA